AUGGGACGGAAAAAGAAGAAGGUUGAGAAGCCCUGGUGCUGGUACUGCAAUCGGGAAUUCGAGGACGACAAAAUCCUCACUCAACAUCAAAAGGCCAAGCACUUCAAAUGUCACAUUUGCCACAAGAAACUCUUCUCCGGACCGGGACUCUCUAUACAUUGUAUGCAAGUUCACAAGGAAACUGUCACCAAAGUGCCCUAUGCGAUCCCGGGCAGGGAUUCGACGGAAGUCACAAUCUAUGGAAUGGAGGGAAUGCCCGAGGGGGCCACUCGAGGACGAACGGCAGAAGAUGAAGAACCAGCCGCUAAACAAUCUCGUUUUGGUGCCUACCCCACUCCACCGAUGCCACCGACAAUUGGAUCUCAAUUCGGAGCGCAUUAUCAAUAUCCAUCCAUGCCUCCAAUGCCACCUGGGUAUGGUGGCUAUUCACAAAUGCCCUAUUCGGCUCCACCAAUGCCGUAUCGAGGACAAUAUCAACAAGGCGGUGGUGGAGGAGCACAUGCGUUUGGCGCCUUCGGUGGAGGAGGUCCAACAGGACCUUCUCGCGCAGACAACAGUUACGGAGUCGAAAGCAGUUCCUACAAGCCACCCGAACCAAAGCCUGUAGAAAAUGAGUACGGAUAUUCGCAUGGGGACACGAACAUAGGAUCCUAUGGAAAAGAAGAGCCACGAGAAAGUUUUGAUUCGCCUCAAGACGACUUUCGGUCGGCUCCUGUGCCAUAUCCGGCAAAUUCGUCAAAGUUGAGUGCCAAAACACGAAUCAUGCAUCCGGAUGAUCAUUCGAUUUCUUUGGAGGAGCGACGAGUGAUGAUCGUUAUGAAUGCGGCUCCAUCAUCGUAUCGC